AUGACUGUCGCACACGAUCUGACCCAUCGCGGCUCCGCUGUGGGCUCCAGCGCAAUGGCACUGGAGGACAGGUUUGAGGUUCUCAAGGAGAUCGGUGACGGAAGCUUUGGCAGUGUUGUCCUGGCCAGGGUUCGCACUGCUGGGGCUAGUGUCGCUAGGAGAGGAACUGUGAUUGCCAUCAAAACCAUGAAGAAGACCUUUGAGUCAUUCUCACCUUGUCUAGAGCUCCGCGAGGUUGUGUUCCUCAGGACACUCCCCCCUCAUCAGCACCUCGUCCCAGCCCUGGACAUCUUCCUCGACCCUUUCACCAAGAAGCUCCACAUCUGCAUGGAGUACAUGGAAGGUAACCUAUACCAGCUGAUGAAGGCCAGAGACCACAAGUGUCUGGACAACUCAAGUGUCAAGAGCAUCCUGUUCCAGAUCAUGCAGGGUCUGGAGCACAUCCAUGCCCACAGUUUCUUCCACAGGGACAUCAAGCCCGAGAACAUCUUGGUCUCGACGUCAUCCCACCAAGACACAACAAACUCAUUCAGACGGUACUCAUCUCUGGUCACACCCCCUUCCACCCCUCCUACCUACACCGUCAAGAUUGCCGAUUUCGGCCUGGCAAGAGAGACACACUCCAAGUUGCCAUACACGACAUAUGUUUCGACGCGAUGGUACCGAGCACCCGAAGUCCUGUUACGCGCCGGCGAAUACUCUGCACCUGUCGACAUCUGGGCCAUCGGUGCCAUGGCUGUGGAGAUUGCAACACUGAAGCCUUUGUUCCCCGGUGGAAACGAGGUGGACCAAGUCUGGAGGGUCUGUGAGAUCAUGGGCAGUCCUGGAAACUGGUAUAACAAGGCGGGUCAGCGCGUAGGCGGAGGCGACUGGCGAGAGGGCACCCGUCUGGCCGGAAAGCUGGGCUUUUCCUUCCCAAAGAUGGCUCCUCACUCGAUGGACACCAUUCUGCAGACACCGCAGUGGCCCGCGUCGCUGAGCCAGUUUGUGACCUGGUGUCUGAUGUGGGAUCCCAAGAACAGGCCGACAUCCACCCAGGCCCUUGCCCACGAGUACUUUACCGACGCGGUCGACCCCACGCGCCCCAAGUCCUCGGCCUCGAGGAUAUUAGGCCGCAAGCCUUCAGAACUCAGCCGCAGCUCCAAGGACGCGAUCACACCGACAAUCUCCUCCAAGCCGUCCUGGUUCCGGAAGUCAUUGAUCGGCCGCUCCGAGUCUUCGAACGAUCUGGCGGCGGCGGCUCCUCCUCAGCCAGUGCAUGUGACAGUCGAUCCCGCACCCAUCAUGCCCGCCAAGUCGCGACCGCCUGCCAACAAGAGAACCACAUGGACCAAUGGGAUAUCAAACGUGGCGCCUAUGCCGAUUCUUCCCACUAUUAGGCCCAUCUCUCCCAUGUCGGAUGCCGUGACCGCGCAGCGGACGCCUUCGUAUAACGAUGCGUACGCAAACGCCCACAGGCAUGGCCAUAUGGAGGAGAAGCAGUCCAAGAAGAUCGGACGCCAAUUGUCGGUUCAGUCAAGCUCGAAUCACUACGCAGAUAUGCAUAGACAACAAGCUGAGCGUGCUCUCAACGGCCACGGAGGGCUCGUGUCACCGCCCAGUGCCCAUAAGGAGGGCUUCUUCUCGCACCUGCGCAAGAGGGCGCGACGGUUCUCUGGACGGCAUCAAACCCCGGUAUCACCUAUCGAGCCGGACAUGGAAACACCGGCCGGCUGUGGCCCGUGGGCGAGCAACAGGUCGUCCAUGGUGAUCGACCCGCCUCCUGCGCCGGUAGCAAAGGACAACCACGAGUCACUCGACAGAGCGUUGAGAGAGGCUCAACAGCAUUCGGACAAUCUGCACGCGCCGACACCUGCCGUUCACCAGAUCUCCUCCACAAGCAACCUCAAACGCCACCACUCCAUACCGCAUCACCAGCCUCGAUCGGCGGAUAACCUGUCCGGAGCCUCACGGGCGACAGGUCCUGUCUCCAGCCGAACACGACGAGCGCAGGCAGCGCAUGGCGUCCACCAUUACGACGCGCCUGAUGAGGAAGAUGAGCUCCUCGACGAGGCUCUCACCUCGACACAGAAGGCGGUGAGGCGGAUUGACAAGAACGGCCCGGCUAACGCGCGGAAAUCGCCCGGCAAUCCCGGGUUUCGAAAUCCUUACCCGACACCUUCGCCGUCAGCCAGCGGCAACGUCUGCCUGUUUGGUGAAGGGCAGGAGGCGAUCGAGCCCAAGCCACUGGACUUGAACAACAGAAAGGCAUCGGCUUAUAAAUGGCCGACACCACCCUACGAGGAGAGCGAGUGGGCAGCUUCGGCAUCCGCGAGCAUCUGGGCAGCAAGCAAUCGAUUCUAG